AUGAGGCAGAUUGUGUUCCUAAUUUUGGUGACCCUCUACCUUACAAGUGCUGGAAUAAGCACCGAGUUUAAAGUACGACAGUGUUCUCAAUGUCAGGGGUACACAGAAUACUACUGUAACACGUGUAAACAAGACUUUUGUCUACAGUGUAAAGAGGGACAUGUUACUGAUCUAGAUUUUAUUGACCAUUAUGUUGUUAUUUAUCGUGAAAAAUAUGAACAUAUUCCGAAACAAGAGACAUGUGUGAGACAUCCAGACGAAAAAUAUGAAAUGUUCUGUAAGUCAUGUGAAAUUCCUGUCUGUUCUCAAUGUACAGAACACAGAAAUCACCAAAUACUGGAUAUCCAAAUAUCAUAUAAGGCAAACCGCCAACAACACAGAAAAACCAUUCAAAACAUUAGGAGUGAAAUUCUCUAUAAAAGCUGUUUUCUUCUUAAAGAAAUUAUAACUGAUCUAGAAUCUUGUCACAAAGCAGUAGUCAAGCUUCAGUUUAGAAUGUUAGAAAGAGCCCAAAAAUUAAAGAACCUUAUAGAUUCUAUCGUAUUUGAUGUUGAAAGUGGACACAAAAGUUUCAUCUAUAGGUUUUUGAAAGAGAAGAGAAAAAAAGUUAUUUUCAUUGAGCACUGUGAAUACAGAUCUGAAGAAUUACCAAACAAACCGGUAAAAUUCCUGCCAUUUCUCAAGAUCAACUAUCUUCCGAAACUACAAGACACUCUCCAAUGCGUUUUACCCUCGCUGACUGAAGAAAUUAACAGGCAUGAUUUGAAAAAAAUAUUGAGAGAAAUCCACGUCACAGAGAAAAUAAAACGACAAGUUGAAAAUGAAAUUAUAUUCAAACAAAUGUCCACACCUGUGUUACAAAAAACUAUCAAUGUGAAUGGCGUUGGUUUUGUAAGGCACCUUUCUUGCGUGACAUCAGACCACGUUUGGAUCAGUGAUUAUGACAGUCUCAAGUUGAUAAACAAUGCAGGUGAAAUAUUGCAACAAGUGACAGAUAUAAAAAGUUACUAUGGAGGAUUUCACACAGUCGAUAUCACCAGUGAUCUUAUUUAUAUAGAUGAUCAUUAUAAUAUUAUCACACUAUCAAAGGAUAACGGAAUAAAGUCUACAUUAAGGGGGUACACAGAAAAAUGGAUACCAGUAAGUGUUUACUGCUCACCAUUCAGUAAAGAUCUUUUUGUAGGGAUGUGCCGUACUGAUAGAGGUUCAUCAAUGGUAACACGGUAUAACGACAUAGGACUACCCGUACAGACAAUACAAUUCAAUUCCAUAGGCCAGGAUCUGUAUACUGAACCCACGUACAUCACGGAGAACCGAAAUGGAGAUAUAGUUGUUUCUGACCGGGGCCGUUAUGCUGUCGUGGUGACGGAUCGCAACGGAAGAUAUCGCUUCUCCUACACAGGUCCCCAGAUGGGUUACUGCCUAGAACCAUAUGGAAUCUGUACUGACGCGUUGUCACAUAUCCUUGUGUGCGAUGGUAACUCCAAUAAUGUACAGAUAAUUGAUAAAUACGGUAUUUUCUUGAUGUACUUACUUACGCAACAACAAAUGACAUACAAUCCACGAGGUAUAAGUUAUGAUAACGAAACCCACUUUCUUUUGGUUGGAUCAUGGGGCAAUACCAGUGUGAAUGUAUAUAGAACCAUAAACAGGCAAAGCUACGCUGAUUUUGACAGAGAUAUAGGGUAUACCCGAUCUGGGCUUUCAUUUAGUGUGAUUUGGCACUCGAGUUUGCUCAACACUGAUUCCGAUGUACAAAAGAAAGAAAGUGUUAGUUCGCGAACGCUCAAAACAAGUACAGUUUCCGAUAUACCCAAUGAAGAAAGUCUGAGUUGGCAAAGCCUCCUCGGAGGUACUGUUUCCAAUAGAGGAGCUGGUACGAGUUUGCGAGGUGGUACUUUUAUAUCCGACGAAGAUCUUGACAUUGAGGCUAGCAAUGAUUCUGAUAUACCUGAUGAAGAUGGACUAAGUUGGCAAACACCCACCACACGUAAUCAUACCGUGAUAUCCGAUGAUGAUCUUGGCAAUGACGUCCUUAUUAGACUAAACCUUGAAGUAGCACGUGAAUUUGAACCGAUUGCAAACUGCUGA